AGAAAGAGGACAAGGGUAAAGAUUUAGAGGAAGGGGAUAAGGAAAAAGAUGACAAAAAAGGAGGAAAGAAGAAGAAAGACAAGGAGGACAAAAAGAAGAAACACAAAAAUGUAGAGGAUGAGGAGGAGGUCAAGGCUGAAGUUUCUUCCAGGGAGAUUGAAAUUGUAGAAAACGUAAAGGAAUCGGAGGGGGAAAUGGAGGAGAAGACGCAGAAAGAUGAAGGAAAGGAAGGUAAAGAGAAGAAAGAUAAAGAGAAAAAGGAGAAGGGCGAGAAGGGCGAGAAUAAAAGAAAAGUCGAUAAGAAGGACAAAUGCACGGAUGUUGGAAAGCUGAAACAGAAGCUAGAGAAGAUCAAUGGAAAAAUAGAAGCCCUGCUUGAGAAAAAGUCAGACAUCACGAGGCAGAUAAAAGAAGCUGAAGGUGCAAUCCUCACUGUUGCUGAGAAGCCCACAGAUGCAGCAUAGCACUCUGCGGUAGCGCAUUUCACCUCUCUAUACUAAUACUCCAUAAUUUGCUUUUUAUAUUAUUGUUAGUAACAAAUAAAUGUCAUCUGUUAGUGUAUUUUUCUUGUGAUCUGCAAUUUUAGAAGUCAUCCAUGUUGAAACUAAUGUUAGUGGUAUGUACUACGAAAACCGGUGAGCAGAGCGGGUUCAUAUGUGUGGCAACCAACCGGAAUAUGAUAGUGGUUUCAGUAGGAUGUAAAUUACUUGAAAUUUUGGUUGGUUUGUAAACAUCUAUAGAGUAUGUAUAUAACUUUGCAUAUGCAAUGAGAGUUGUAUCUGAUAGAUAUUGUUUCUGGAUUCAA